GUGACAAACCGAUAUUGUGUUCAUUGAAAAAUUGUGAAAAAUAUUGGAAAAAUUUUAAUUUAAAACCAUCAAAUCAAUCACGUGUAUUGUGGAAAUUAUUUUUCAAAUUCAUUUGUCUUAAGCCAGCAACAAGUGUAUUGUGAUAGUGACACUUUAUGAGCGGGAAAUUUUCUCACUUUGAUUAAUUACAAAAACAAGCAAUGCCAUGAAAACGCAAAGGGGUUGAUAUGAGCCGCAGUACAAGCAGAGCUCGAAGGUUGCAAAAUAGUAGAUCCGAAAGAACAGAAGAACAAAUCCAGCUACAAAAUACUGAUGCACGUGUCAGAAUGACGCGAUUGCAUCAAGAAGAGCCAGAAGAUACACGAGAUGAACGCAAUGAAGUCAGAAGAUUAGAACAACGACAAUCACGCCGUUUCACAGUCAAUAGACGAAGAACAAAUAACCAACAACGACAACAGGUACAUCGAGCAUUUAUAUCUGAUUCAUUCCUGCGUCUAGCAUUCCAGUAUGAGCCCGAUAUUGAAUAUUAUGCUCAUUCAAAAGUGGUAAUUGGUGCUAUGGACAAGGAAUGUCCGCAUUGUCAUGCUCUGAAAUUCAAAAAUGAGCCAGCUGGGAUGUGUUGCGCGUCAGGAAAAGUGCAACUACCUGAAAUUGAAACACCACCUGAACCAUUGAACGGCUUACUUAACGGCACGGAUCCAGAUUCUAACGUGUUCCUGAAGUCAAUUCUAAGAUUCAAUUCAUGCUUUCAAAUGACAUCGUUCGGAGCAACAGAAAUAGUUCGAAAUACUAAUGAAAAUGGUCAACAAUUCAAUUCUACAUUCAAAAUCAGAGGCCAAGUUUAUCAUAAAAUGGGCUCACUGCUGCCAAUGCCAAACGAACCACAUAAAUUCUUAAAAAUUUACUUUAUGGGCGGCGAGGAUUCCGGAAGCGCACUUGCCAAUCGCGUGAAUGCACGUUGUAAUUAUAAUAACCUUGAUUCACUUUAUGCCAGGCGCAUCGUCAGCGAGCUAGAUGCUCUUUUGAACGAGCACAACGAGUUGUUGAAAAUAUUCAAAUCACAUAUGCACCAAUUACAAAGCGAUAAUCACGCUAUCGUCAUUAAUCCUGAUAAAACACCAGCUGGAGAGCAUAUUCGUAGAUUCAAUGCACCCGUUGUUGAUGAUGUUGCUGGAAUCAUGGUUGGCGAUUGUACAGCUGCACGAGAAAUUGUGAUUCGUAGAAGAAAUAAUAAUCUUCAGUUCAUUUCUGACACACAUCGUUCAUAUGACGCUCUCCAAUAUCCGCUAAUAUUCUGGAAGGGACAAGACGGAUAUUGCAUAAACAUAAAACAACGAGAUACCGUAUCAGGAGCUGAAACAAACAAGAACGUUAGCUCAAAGGAUUAUUAUGCGUACCGAUUAAUGAUUAGACUUGGCCUGGACAACGUCAUUUUACGAUGUCGUGAGCUUUGUCAAGGCGUGCUCUCGAGUGGGUAAACCAUCCAGUUUGUUUGUGUUAGCUAAGGAUGGACUAACAAAAAAUAUUGUUCUAGCUAUAGCAUUAAGAGAUUGAUAUUGUUUAAUAGUGUUACUGUCGUUCUUACUGUAUCAGAUAAUUUUUUUAAGUUUGAAAAAUUUUAAAUUUUG